AUGUAUCUACUCGAUACAAAUAAUCUUGAAGACGCACGAAUAUUACUUAAACGACAAACAAUAGUUAUGCGGAAUAAUCUUUUUGAUAAACUCGAUAAUGAUGAUAAUACAUUACUUCAUCGUUAUGUUCUUCGAAAUCAUGCUGAUGCUGUACAUUUAUUAUUAGAAUAUGGUGCUUCAGUUUAUUCAGUAAAUAAAUAUGGUUGGUUACCAAUACAUUUAGCAGCUUAUUGUGGGCAUGAUAGAACUAUUAUACAAUAUCUACUUGAAUUUGAAAAAAGACAAUUUAUCAGCAUUGUUGGAUUAAUAUUUUAA